AUGAAGUUCGCAGACUCCCGUCACUCAGGUCUCCUGCGAAUGCAGUACACUAGACUACGCCUCUUACCAAUCCUCCCUUCCUCUUCUUCAUCCACUUCCCACAUUGUCCCUCAUCAUCAUCAUCCUACUCCUCCUCUUUCUGCUGCCAACACGGCUGGUUUGAGAGUCUGCGUCCUGGCAAAUGCUGCUUCCACCACCGUUGCCCGCAUCCAAUCUUCCCUGACACCUCUCGUCCCUCUCUCUUCCCACCCUGCUUCCACAGACCACCCGUAUCUUCGGCCGAAUCACCGAGGGAAACGACCCCUACUCCUCUGCACCACAAUCGCGCGCAUCUCUCGAAUCUCCUCGGAUACACGAUAA